UGCGCUAACAGCCGCCACCUUAACCGCCAUCCUGCGUUAAGAAUUCAGAUAUACAUUGUGCCCAAGUAAUCAUUGGGGAAUUAAAUCAUACUCGUAUAAACGGACAUCGAACAUCCUCUAUCAGCCUAACAUGGAGCAUCCUUAUAAGAGUCCAACGGUUGAAUGAAAGGUGAUGAAGGGACCAUUUAAGAUUUUCUUGGAUCAAAGAUUCCGAGCCAGAUUUUUUUGUUAAAUGCUUUAAACAGCAGUGGAGGAUCCAAAUCCAAUUUUCCGAAAAGUUCAGGCCCUCGAGGAUAAAUAUCAUAAUAGUCAGUCCUCCGAGUACGAAUAUUGCAAAGGUAGAGGAGCCGCCGCGGGAACACCGACCUUCCACUUCAAACCGGUGCAGGUCGACGACGCGGAAGCUGGAAGUUCCUCUGCUGCUUCCUCUCCGACGGCGACUGGGAAACCAUGAGAUUGGGAACAAUCACGUCGUCAAUCGCUUUGACUUGUUUUCCCGGUCUCCGCCGCCGCCCCAGCUUCCUCUCUCCCCAGUUCUCUUCGUUCUCCCCUUCCCCAUUCCCUUCCCGUGGUGAGGUCAGUCGCAUGGAUUGGAGGAUAAUGUCACAGAAUGUAUCGUUUUCUUCUACACCGGCGGCCCCAGUCGAUUCAUCUGAAUUGCCGGCAAUGGAGGUCAAGAAGCAGCAGCAGCACCCGUGGUUGGUCAUCGGCCUCGGAAACCCCGGGAAGAGGUACCAGGGCACCCGCCACAAUGUAGGUUUCGAGUUGGUUGACGCUAUUGCUGAAGCUCAUGGGAUACCUGUGAAAAGUGUUAAUUUCAAAGCCUUAUUCGGAAAAGGUUUUAUUGGAAACGUUCCGGUUAUACUUGCCAAACCUCAAACGUUCAUGAACAUUAGUGGCGAAUCAGUCGCACCCAUUGUUUCAUACUAUAAGAUACCGUUAAAGCAAGUAUUAGUGAUAUAUGAUGACUUGGAUUUGCCAUUCGCAAAAUUGCGUUUAUUGCCAAAAGGUGGACAUGGCGGGCAUAAUGGGAUGAGAAGUAUAAUUGAUCGUUUCAAAGGAAGCCGUGAUUUUCCUCGUUUAAGAAUAGGUAUUGGGCGGCCACCUGGUAAAAUGGAUCCAGCCAGCUUUGUUCUUGCCUCAUUCAGUAGACAAGAGCGCGAAGAGUUGGAUUUUGCAUUACAACGUGGCGUAGAAGCAGUGAGGAUUCUCGUUCUUGACGGUUUUGAAAGAAGUGCAACAUUUGUCAACAGUGCCAAAUCCAUGGAACAACUUAGUUAAAUUUAACCAAGAUCGGAACAUCAUGAGCAACCUAAGCCCUUGAUUUGAUCGUUGCUUCGUGGUGAACUGCUGCAAAGUUAAUGUUGUCUGAGAAGAAAAUUAUGAUGGAGAUUAGUUUGAAACAACUACAGCUGGGGAAGGCACUGCAAGAUGUCUCAAUAUACCAAUUCUUUAAUAUUGAAAGAUAAAACAAUGAUUCAUAGUUCAUUUUUUUUAUUUGAUUAGAGUUAAAGUUGUGAACAGAAUCCCAAUUGAGGUAUAAUGAGUUUUGUUUCCGCAUUUUCUUCAA